AUGACCGAUGUACGCUCGAUGCUACGCGCCCAGCGUGAGGCGAGAAAGAUCAACCAUCCCCACGCUUCUUACACAUCCGAUGGAAAGCUCCUGUGCAAUCUAUGCGAGACACCCGUCAAGGACGCCGCCUGGCAAGGCCAUCUUCAUUCUACACAGCAUAUCCUUCGACAGACAAGAGUACAAGAGGCAGCAGCGACCCGGCGCGAGAAUGGAGUCAGCAAAAAACGAAAGGCUUCGAUCAUAGACAGCCCGUCACCCGAGGACAGGAAGAAAUCAAAGCCCUCCGUCUCCUUCGCGCCAGGUGCCGAAGAAGAUGAUAGCACGGAUGCUGAGCAGGUAGAUGUAACUGCGUCCGCCGAUCCCGAAGCUCCAGUUGCCAAAACGCCUUCAGAAAAAGAUGGUCAAGCGGAGGAGUUAGUGGAUCCUGCCGAACAAGAAGCAUUUGAGCGCGAGCUACAGGAAAUGGAAGCCAGCCUGGCCGCGGAUCGAGCUGGUCAGAAUGGGGUUACCAUAUCAGCCGCGCCAAUGACAGCGGAAGAAGUAGCCGCUCACGCAAGAGAAGAACGCAGUGCGCAACGGGGAAAGAGGGAUGCAGAGAUUGAGGGAGAACGGGAAGAUGCAGCGCGUCUCCUUGAGGACGAAUUCGAGGAGAUGGAAGGAUUGGAGGAGAGGGUCAAAAAGUUGAGGGAAAAGCGAGAAGCUUUAAGGAAUCCCGAUGGCGAGGGUGUAAAUGGGAAUAGCGAAGCCGGCCCCCCUGCUGGAAAUGCUACCGGAGUAAACGGCGAUCCGGCAGAAGACAGCGAUGAUGAGGACAGCGAAGAGGAAUUCGACGAUUGGAACUUUGGACGGAGAUAG